AUGCUUUCUGUAGACGGCCUGCACAAAGAUGUGGACGCAGCGUCCAAGCUGGUUCAGGUCUUGGCAGAAACCUUUCCGCAGCUUGACUGGCAAGACAUUGGCAAGCUCGGUGGGCUACCGGUCUUCUUCUACAAGAAAGCCCAGAGCGUGGUGAAUGAGCUAUAUGAGCGCCUCCACCGUCGCGAUGGCCGCUUCGCUUUUCCGGACAUCAAGAUGCUGGCGGCCAAUGUGGAUCCGCUGGUCAUCAGCGUCCUGCGUCGGGAGCACGUGGUGAAGACCACCCUGGAGCUCGCUACGCAGCUGGACUUGCACACUCCUCUUCCCAGGGGCGGGCCCGCUGAAGUGGCUUUAAGAGCCGCGGCCAUCGCCGCUCUGGAAGACAUUGCCUCGAUUGGAAAGAUGAGGGGCUACGACGUUUCACCAGUCAUGCUAGGAAAUUACAUAUGGGCGUGUUUGGGACAGAUCGACAAGCCGCUCUGUUUCGCACGCCAUGUCACAAAGGACACCACCUUCUAUUGA